AUGGUCGACGUCCCCUCACCUGUCACAUCAGGCUCCCUUGCUUGUAAGUUGCCAACGUCAACCUAUGAUGUCUAUGGUCUACCUGCUAAUGUGUACAUUCCCUCUCUAGACUACUUCACCCCUCAUGUUGCCAACAUGUCGCUAACUGCUUGCUGUCAUGUCACCUCCACCACCAGUCAACGAAGGGGGCACAUGGGAGAGAGUAUCAUGAUAGCAGGGAAGGGAGCCAUUGGGGGGUUCGAUUUUGAGCUGGUGGCCAGCAUUCGUCACACUAGUGACAAUGUGGGAAAAUAUAGUGGACAGGCCGCGUGCUCUAGGUUGCUUCCACAUCUGGCCCAAAUAGUGGUGUACAAAAGCCUUUUGACUCAAGUUAUUGUCGCAAUGGACUCCUCUGAGGAUGACGUGGAUCCGAUGUCCGAUCUGGGAUCACGUAAUUCUUCUGUUGUCCAGAUCUCAAGUGCAUCCUCUCUGAAUGCGAGCGUGGUAGCUCUCCCUAUGGUCUUUUUUGACGUCGAGCGUUCAUUUGCUGCAUGGUCAUCCCCCUACCUUGUUUCGUAUCCCCUCCUCUGCCUAAGCUCCGACGGAGCUCAGGUGCAGGUCAUUGCACAUCGUGUUUUCGUCCGCUUCCGCAGGACAUGUUGGAAUUUCGGGAGCUUUACGAGCAUGCGCAAUGCGCCCCAUCUUCAGAUUUCAGGUGGAUUUCAGGACAGAUAUCAUGGGCCCCACGGCACUCUUAUGAAUUGGAAUCAUGCAUGA